UUUCUCGUUUUUCAAGUUUAGUUUUGGUCUUGACUCUUUAUACUUUGCGUCAUUUUUUGUGUUCCAUUCUCUCUCUCUCUCAGUGUAGUUGAAAAUGAAAAUAUACACAGUGUUUAGACUUUUUAACUAAAAGGUGAUGUGAUGUUAAAAGUGUCCAUUGUAUCCAUUUGGUGAUUUUCUCUUUUCGGUGAUCUAAAUUUUUGUGUUUUCUUUUCUUUUUGUUUUCAAAUGGACACCAUGAUAAUAACUAACUUGAAACUAGAAGAGAGUGAAUAGAUUUUUAUAAUAUUAUGUACCAUGCAAUCCAUUAACUAUUUACUAUUGUUGUUAUUACUCUUUUGGACCAACAAUCUUGGAUUAAUUGUUGUUAAAGUUGUUGAUUGUUAUUCAUCAUCUUCAUCAUCUAUUUUACCAUCAUCUUUAUCUCCAUCUUCCGAGCUGAUUCAAGAUGGUAAUCGACCAUUGGAAAGUAUUGAUCUUUCUUUCAAUGGGAUGUCUUCUGUUCCUGAUGAGCUUUUCUGCCAACUUUCCAACUUAGCUGUCAUCAAUCUUUCCAAUAAUUUGUUCACCGAUGUAGUAUCCAUUGGAUUUUCAUCUUCUGUUAAACGUUCAUCUUCAUCUUCAUCUAAAAACAAUAACAAUAAUAAUAAUAAUAAUGGUAGUGGUCAAAACUCUAGUUGGUCCCAUUGUUCAGUUAAUUCUACAAGCCAAUUGGAUUUAUCUUACAAUCGUCUCAAAGUUUUAACUGAUCGAGGCUUUUCUACCUUGACACAUCUUAAGGUUCUUCGGCUUAAUAAUAAUCGUAUCUCACGAGCAGAAGAAUCUUCUCUUAAUGGACUCAGUGAAUUAGCCUUACUUGAUCUGUCCAAUAACGAGCUUGUUGCCCUUCCACCAGGAUUUUUUACCCCAAUUAAAAGUUCACUUCGUGAAUUAUACCUUCAAAAUAACAGUAUUUCUGUAUUACCACCACUUCAAUUCAAUGGACUCCAAUGGAUUCAUAUACUUAAUAUGAGCCACAAUGAGAUAGCCAACAAUUGGAUUAAUGUUGACACUUUUGCUGAUCUUACCUCUUUAGUGACUCUUGAUUUAAGUUACAAUCAAUUAAAUAAGAUUGAUUCAACAACCUUUAGAGCUCAAACCCGCCUUGAAGCUUUAUAUCUCCAUCACAAUAAGAUUGAAAGUAUUGCUGAUAAUGCAUUCUCAUCUUUAAAUAAUCUUCAACAACUAGUCCUUAGUUAUAAUCAUCUAAACAAAUUGGACUCAGCAGAAUGUUUUACUGGUCUCAAAAAGCUACCAAGUUUACAUCUUGACCAUAAUCGAAUUGAACAAAUUCAUAAUGAAAUAUUUCGUAAUCUAACAAGCUUAAUGGAUCUUAAUUUAUCUCACAAUUGGUUAAAGAAAACUGUUCCAGGAGCCAUGUUAUGGACACACUCAUUACGAAAUUUAGAUUUAUCUUAUAAUUCAAUAAGUGAAAUUGGUAACGCAUCAUAUCAAGGUAAUGCUCAACUGUACAGUCUUGAUUUGGAAGGUAAUCAAAUUGGUAACCUUUCACGUGGUGUUUUUGCCGAUCUACCUUUUCUACGGAUCAUCAAUUUGGCCGCUAAUCGAAUUGAAGCGAUAGAAGAGUCUACAUUCAUCGAUGUUCCAGAUCUUCAUGUACUUCGUCUUGAUUCAAAUAGUUUAUCCAAUAUAAAUGAACUUUUCAAUGGUUUAAGAGAUUUACUGAUGCUCAACAUAUCAGCAAACAAGAUUGCCUGGUUUGAUUAUGCUCACGUUCCUUAUGGUUUACAGUGGUUAGAUAUACACGAUAAUCUAAUUGACAGUUUAGAAAAUCUCUAUGAACUUCAAUCGUCACUUCGUUUAAAAACUCUUGAUGCAUCUUUUAAUAAGAUAACUCACCUUUCCAAAGCAUCUUUACCCAAUGGUAUUGAAGUGAUCUUACUUAAUAAUAAUUUAAUCAACCGUAUCGACCCAUCAACCUUUUUGGGUAAACAAAAUUUAACUCGAGUUGAUCUAACCAGUAAUCGACUUAACACUUUACAUCAAAAUGCUCUACGUUUAAGUAAAGUCGCUUUACGUCGACCAUUACCUGAAUUUAAUAUAUCGAAAAAUCCAUUCAGGUGUGAUUGUAACAUUGAAUGGUUACAAAAGAUGAUCACCACAGAUGAAUCUCGACAAUAUCCUAAAAUUGUUGAUGUUAAUCAUAUAAUGUGUGACUUUGCUUUCAAGAAGAAAGUAUCUCCCAUGCCAUUAGUUCAAGCUGAUUCAUCAAAUUUCUUGUGUACUUAUAAGAGCCAUUGUUUUGCUUUAUGCCAUUGUUGUGAUUUUGAUGCUUGUGACUGUGAAAUGAUGUGUCCAGAAAAUUGUGUUUGUUACUACGAUCAAGCUUGGAAUACCAAUAGUGUUGAUUGUAGUGCCAAUGGUCAUACAGUGGUACCACCAAGGAUACCAAUGGAUGCAACUGAGCUUCACCUAGACGGUAAUGACAUUCCAUCUCUCUCUAGCCACACCUUUAUUGGCCGUAAAUAUAUGAAAAUCCUCCACCUAAACAAUAGUAACAUCUACACCAUCAACAACCGCACCUUCAAUGGCCUCAUAGCCCUUGAGGUUUUGAACUUAUCUCACAAUCGGCUAAUUACCCUCCAUGGAUAUGAAUUUGAACGCCUUGUUAAUUUAACAGAAUUAUACCUUGAUCAUAAUCGAAUCUCAACUAUUGCCAACAAUACCUUUGCUGCCUUGACUUUAUUACAAAUUCUCCACAUUGAUCACAAUUACAUCGUUGAUUUUGAAAUCUGGAAUUUCAAUCUUAAUUCACACCUGAUGACCAUUAAAAUGGCCGCAAAUCCAUGGUCAUGUGAGUGUCACUAUAUUGAGCCCGCUCUUGAUUGGGUUCAUUCAAAGGUUCAUCUUAUUUCCGAUGCCAGGUACAUGGAAUGUUAUUAUAAUGAAACUUCAGGUAUUCCAUUACUGCCCAAAUUUAACAUCUCAUCGUGCACCAAUCUUUCAGCACGUAAGAUGUUAGCUCAAAGGUUCCAAGUUGAAAACUUUGUCCCGAUAUUUGUUAUCAGUGGAGCACUUUUGGUUAUAAUUGUUGUCAUUUUCAUUGUGAUUCUCAUAAUUAACUUCUUCUUCAAGGGUGAAAGCUCUAGGGCUCAUCAUGCAAGUCCUGAAACAAUACACAAACAUCUUAAUCCACUUGCACAUACUCAUUCACUCAUCCACACCACAAGAGGAAGUGUUUUCAACGAUGAUCUUCGAAAUGUGAGAAACGAAUGGAGAAAAUGUUGAGAUUUUUCUAAGUCAAGUUCAUACAAUUAUAUAAUAUAAAUAAGAGUGUAAAUAAUCGUGUAAAUAACCAGAACAAAAAUGAUCACAUCAAUACAGCAAAAGAAUCAGAAGGAGCUCGAAAUUUGGUCAUGAAAUAACUUUUGUGCAGAUAAACGAUAAGCCGAAUGAUGUAUUUUCUGUUAACAUGAGUUGUAAACAAAGAAAACUCUAAAUCUACAUACCGAUUGGAUGGCUAUUUUUUCAUCAACAAGACGUACAAAGAGUGUUUUUUAUAUCCAUUGAAAUUUAUCUUCAAAAGAUCAAAAUAGUUUAUAUUAAUUUCCAGUUCAUACAAUCUCAUGUUAAUGGAGAAAAUAUCAUCUACUGUUGUUUCAAGCUCAUCAGUCCACAGUCUUCAUGUAGACUCAAGUUUCAAGUUCAGAGGAUUUUCAAUCACUUGUGCUGUGCAUCUCUCACCUCCUUUAAUUUAUCUCUCAAUCACCAAGAUUAGGAAAAAAGUCUGACUGGAGGAGAUACCUUCUUUUCCAAUAUCAUCAUCACCAUCAUCAAUUUCACAACAACAUCAACAGAAAAAAAAACCAGAUUGUAUGGAGAAAAAAAGAGCAAAAAGGAACAUCAGACAAAAAUGUGUCUCUUUCACAAGAAGGAGAUGAAAGAAAAGCUAAAAGGAAAAAGAAGCCAGAAGAAAAUCUGAUAACCAUCACAGGUCCUCAUCAAUAAUAUCUGGUCUCCAGAUCUUCUACAAGCCGUCUAAUCGUUUUCUCCUGGAGAAAAGAAAAAAAAACCACCACCACUACCACCACCAAAAAGACAUCAAACAAAAGAAGGUCCCUCUCUCUCUCUCUCUCUCUUAAGAUGCUCACACGAUAUA